CACCAGCCAGCUUUUAAUUCAAGAAGGAUUUGUCUUCUACCCGGGAUGUGAAAAAAAGGAGGAGGGGGGGGGCGGCGUGGCUAUUGUAGAACUAGUGGGUUUGAGGCGGAUUUUUUGGGCAAGUCUAUGUGCAGAGGCACCUCAAACGCAGAGAGGCAGCUGAGCAGAGCGCACGGCGCACGGACCAGACGCAGGCAAGAGAACCGCGGAACAGAUUCUAGUGGCAUUCAGCUGCUUCUCCUGCAUUCCUACAGAUCUGUAAGGCAGGGAAGACAAGAUAGCUAGAACUGUGGAUUUUUUUCAUUUUCAUGGAAUAAUUUGAGUCUUCUGCGUUUCAAAUUUAGAUUAUUUUCCUCUUCGCUCUGUGGAGAGAGAGAGAGAUAUGCAGCUGCUGAUUGAGCACAGCAUUUAGUAAAUUAACACUUGGUUUGACCAGUUCUUUGGAGCUUUUCUCUGUGAUCCGUUGGAGACGCCAACCAAAAUUCAACCAAGAAAAAUGAAAGGACUAUUUCUGACAGAAAUGUGGACAUUUCUGGCUCUCUUGACGCUGGCAACACAACACGUCGCCGGUAAGACGCUGACAUACCAGGUUCACGAGGAGCAGAAGGUCGGCACGGUUAUUGCCCGUUUGAGGGACGACGUCGCGGACGUUCUUGCAAAACUUCCGAGCUCAGUGUCGCUGCGCUUCAGAGCCAUGCAAAGAGGGGGCUCGUCGUAUCUGGCGGUGCGAGAGCAGGAUGGAGAGAUCAGCAUCAAGACCAAAAUCGACCGCGAGAAACUCUGCGAAAAGAAUCUCAACUGCUCCAUUCAAUUCGACGUGCUGACACUCCCCACGGAGCACCUGCAGCUGUUUCACGUUGAGGUGGAGGUGUUAGACAUCAACGACAACGCGCCCCAGUUCGCCCGUGCCGUCAUCCCCAUAGAGAUCUCCGAGAGCGCGGCGGUAGGCGCGCGCAUUCCGCUGGACAGCGCCACGGACCCCGAUGUCGGAGAGAACUCGCUCUACACGUACGCUUUGGAACCCAACAACUUCUUCAAGAUCGACAUCCAGUCCAGGACUGACGGAGCUAAAUAUGCAGAGCUGGUGGUGCUCAGGGAGCUGGACCGGGAGGUGCGCUCCGGUUACGAACUUCAGUACACGGCUUCUGAUAGGGGCGUUCCCUCGAGGACGGGUUCGACUUUACUCAAAAUCAGUGUCGCUGACUCGAAUGACAACAGCCCGAUAUUUGAUAAAUCAUCAUAUGUCAUAAAUCUCCCAGAAAGUUCACCUGUUGGCACAGUCCUCAUUAACUUAAACGCCACGGACGCCGACGACGGCACUAACGCGAAAAUCAUCUACUCAUUCAGCAGUCAUGUGUCGCCCAAAAUAAUGGAGAUGUUCAAGAUUAACCCCGACAGCGGCCGUCUCACACUCAUCAGGCGCAUGGACUAUGAGACCGUUAACUCGUACGACAUUGAUGUUCAAGCACAGGACAUGGGUCCGAACUCCAUGCCGGCUCAUUGCAAGAUCCUGGUCAAAGUGGUCGAUGUGAACGAUAACAAACCAGACAUCAGCAUCAAUCUCAUGUCCUCUCAGGGGAAUGGGGAUGCAGCUUACAUAUCUGAGGCUUCUCCUUUGGACACGUUUGUGGCUCUGGUGAGGGUGGAGGACUUGGACUCUGGGUUGAAUGGAGAGGUAGAAUGUAAACUUCAUGGUCAAGGAUAUUUCAAACUGCAGAAGUCCUACGAGAACAACUACAUGGUUUUGACCAAUGUGUCUCUAGACCGAGAGAAGAGGUCCGAGUUCAGUCUGACAGUGGUGGCAGAGGACAGAGGGACCCCCAGUCUCUCUACUGUCAAACACUUCACUGUGCAUGUGACUGAUGAAAAUGACAACCCACCAUGUUUUGAGAAAGGCCAAUAUGAGAUCUUCAAGUCAGAGAACAAUGCUCCUGGCGCUUAUCUGACCUCCAUCAUGGCCACUGACCCUGAUCUGGACGCCAAUGGACAGGUUAGCUACUCCAUCUUGGAAAACUCUGUUCAUGGUAGCUCUAUCUCCACCUAUGUCACAAUUGACCCCUCGAAUGGCGCUAUAUAUGCACUGCGUACAUUUGAUCGUGAGGAUGUUAGUCGCAUUUCCUUUGUUGUGCAAGCCAAAGACGCAGGGAAGCCACCGCUGCUCAGCAAUGCCACAGUUGUUCUGAAUAUUUUGGAUGAGAAUGACAACCCACCAGUCAUCGUGGUCCCCCAGCUGUGGAACUUCACUGCUGAUGUGCCCGCGUCAAAGUUCACGGAGGCCGGACAGCUAGUAACCCUAGUUAGGGCUACAGAUCGCGACACAGGGGUUAACGCUGAGCUCAUUUGCUCUAUUGUCAGUGGCAACGAAGAGGGCUUCUUCAUCAUUGACCCGAGAACCUGUGAAAUUCACGCCAACGCCAGCCUAGAGACCUUUCCCCAUGAGCAUGCUGAGUUAUCAGUCUUAGUCAGAGAUCACGGAAGGGAGAGCCUCAGUGCUAAGGCGGCAAUAAAAAUCACGCUCUAUGCCAAUAUGGAGAACCACGUCCAGGUGAUGGACCAGGGAGAAUCUUCUCUUGAUGCAUCCCUGAUUAUCAUCAUCUCCCUGGGGGCCAUAUGCACCGUGCUCCUGGUCAUAAUGGUGGUGUUCGCCGCUCGCUGUAACCGGGAGAAGAAGGACACAAGGCAUUCCUACAACUGUCGGGUAGCCGAAUCGACCCAUCAGCACCAUCCCAAGAAGCCCUCGCGGCAAAUCCACAAAGGUGAUAUAACCCUGGUUCCCACGGUGAACGGCACCCUGCCAAUCAGAGCGCACCACCACUCGCCUUCGGCCACACCCCCCAUGGACCGAGCCCAGAUGGGUAGCCGGCAGAAUCACCACAGCCGGCAAUCACUGAACAGCCUGGUCACCAUCUCGUCCAAUCACAUUCCAGAGAGCUUUGCCCUGGAACUGGCGCAUGCAACUCCACCAGUGGAGCAAGUCUCACAGCUUCUGUCCAUGCUCCAUCAGGGACAGUACCAGCCCAGACCCAGUUUCCGUGGCAACAAAUACUCCCGCAGCUACAGGUAUGCAUUACAAGAUAUGGACAAGUUCAGCCUGAAGGACAGUGGCCGUGGGGACAGCGAGGCAGGAGACAGUGACUGUGACAUGGGUCGGGAGUCUCCCGUCGACAGACUGUUGCUGGGGGAGGGCUUUUCUGACUUGAUCCACCUCGAAAUGCACCAUCGACUCCACCCAGCCAUGAGAUUGUGCACCGAUGAAUGUCGCGUCCUGGGACACUCUGACCAAUGCUGGAUGCCCCCCCUCUCCUCCCCGGCUUCCUCUGACUACCGCAACAACAUGUACAUCCCCGGAGAGGAGUCCGCCCAGCAGCCCCCGCUUGACGAUGACCAGUCCUCCGUUGACUCGGAGCGGGGCAAAAGCUUUUCCACUUUUGGCAAGGAGUCUGGGAACGAAGAGGAGGGGCUCGGGGGCGGCGCCGCCGGAGGAGGAAGUGAUGCCUGUGCGGGCGGAGGAGGGGCUGGCUCCCUUCUCACAGAGAUGAACUCCGUAUUCCAGCGGCUCCUUCCCCCCAAUAUGGACUCCUACACAGAGUGUACUGAAACAAGCCCCCCCUCGUCCUCGUCAAACACUGAUAGAGGAAGUGGGCGUGGCGGAAACAUUGCAGGUAACCAUGGUAACAACGCUGUCCCUCAAGACAACCGGAGAGGAUUGUUGCCAGGCGGGAAAGGUCCAGCUUACCCCCCAGGUGUGGCUGCCUGGGCAGCCAAUACCCACUAUCUUAAUCCUGGAAGCGGAUCAGCGGGAACCAAUCAUGUCACCUCUGCUUCCUCAUCAUCCUCUAACUGCACUUCCACUUCAACCAACGGACAGCCGUCACACCUCAAAUGGCUACCAGCCAUGGAGGAAAUCCCAGAGAAUUACGAGGAAGAUGACUUCGAUGGCGCCUUCCACCAGGGCGGCAAGCGCAGUGAGAGCCGCCAUGAGGGCGGUAUGGACGCCAGCGAGCUGGUCCAUGAGAUCAACAAGCUGCUGCAGGACGUCAGGCAGAACUAGAGAGGAAAAAGGCAUAGCAUGAUUUUCACCUUCAUUCUGGCAAAUGCUUGUUCUUUGUGUCAACAUAUAUAAACUUUACGAUUCACGGUAAUGCUAGUCCAUGUUCAUUUGACCAAAUAUUAUCUUAAUAAUUGCGUGCUGAAAGACUCGAAAAGAAAAAUACAGCACUGAAGUUGUGACUGAGGCUACUUGAAGGUGUCAAACGGGCGCUCCAAGAACAAAUCGUUUCUCCGGGAGUGGCUUGAAUGAGUGAUUUUUAAAAAGGAUCCACCAACAGAAACUGUACUCUUUUUUUCAUUUUAUAGUGUUUACUGCUGUGUGAACAGACUCCAUAUGGAGGUACCAACAUUUGUGUGAUCUAAUUUCUGCUUUUACAAUGUACAAUAUUGUACAGUGUCUGUGGAAAAAUGGCAAACUCACUUGAAUAUUGUGUGCUAUGUCUCCUGUUUUGUCAAAAUAUUGACUGUAACCGUAUAAUUUGACUUUUGCAUUUGAAAAAUACUUUUUUUUACUUCUAUAUAUUUAUAUGUGUCCAUGUAUGUUUGUACAGAAAAAGAAAAGAAAUGUAUAUUUUUUAUAUUUGUCACUGCAUGUCUUAAUAACACUUUCAAUGUGUCUCUUUUCCCCUGCCCUGUUUAUUUUAUGAAGCAAAUUGUAUUUAAUUUUGGUAUUGAAGGUGUGUGUGUGCAUUGGAAAUAAUCACAUUCCAAUGUAGUUCCAUGUUGGAAACGUGUUUUGUAUGGUAACACUGUGACCAUUGGGUGAUGAAUAAAGCAGAGGGAUUCAUA